AUUUAAUGAGAGGAUUAAUAGUGAGAUUCAGAUUUUCAGAAUAGGUUUAAGUUUAAUAGCCAAUUUAAUUGAAAAGAUUUUAUAAGGAAGCAAGUAUUGAGAUGGCUGUGAAUCCAACAAAUCCAUAUCAUUAAUGGUUAGUGAAAGUAAAAUAAUAAAAAUUAUAUUAAUAAGUUGGAUGGAAAGACAGUAAAGACUCCAUCUAAAAAUACAUUAGCUGUUCCAUCUCCUUAAUUAGCAUCAUUUAUUGCUCAUGAAUUUAAUAUGUAGACAGAUUAUAUAAGACCAACAACAAUGCCAUUAUUAACUUUAGCAAGAAAUGCUAUAGAUAUUGAGGCAGAUGAUAGAAUUAGAUAAUUUAUGGAAUAAUCAAUUAUCAGUUAUUUAGAAAGAGAUACUGUAUUAUUUAGAGAGAAUCCAGAAACUAAAUUAUAUAAAAUAUAAAAGGAGAAAUUAGAUCCAUAAUUGAAAUUAUUUAAUGAGAAAUUUGGAUUACAUUUAAAAACCAAUUUUGGACUGAAUAUUGAACCUUUAAAAUAAUAUGAUUAAAUAAGAAUAGAGACAAUUGUGAGUGAGUUAAAUAAUUGGUAAUUAGUGAGUUUAGAUGCAAAAGUAGGUAAUAUAAUUUAAUAAAUAGUAGAAAACUUAAAAUCAUGUAUUUUGGCACUUCUGAUUUGGAAUAAUCAUUUAUAAGUAGAAGAAGGAGUAAAAUUAUCAAGAUUAGAAGAAGAUUUCUAGAUUGCAUAAUUUGGUAAAGUUGAAGGACAUCAUGAUUAUGAUGAGAAUACAAUAAUGAUGAAUGUCUCAGCUUCAAAAUUAUUUGCAUAAUUGAUUUAAACAUAGAGUAUUGCUUAUUGA